AUGCCCGGCUUCGACUUCAGCAAUUACAACCGGAAUGCGGCUCUUCACGCACGAGGAGUACCGCUGCCGAAAGCUACUAGCACCGGUACAACGAUUGUAGGGUGCAUAUUCGACAACGGCGUUGUGAUUGCGGCAGAUACCAGAGCAACAAGCGGCCCUAUAGUUGCUGAUAAGAACUGCGAAAAGCUACAUUAUAUCUCUCCAAAUAUCUGGUGCGCCGGCGCCGGUACUGCUGCUGACACAGAGUUCACCACCGCCCUCAUCUCUUCCAAUUUAGAGCUGCAUGCUCUGUCUACAGGCCGAACACCUCGCGUUGUAACAGUCAUGACUUUGCUGAAGCAGCACUUGUUCCGCUACCAAGGUCACAUCGGUGCCUACCUGGUUGUUGCUGGCGUCGACCCCACAGGCAUCGGAUUGUUCACUGUCCAUGCCCAUGGCUCGACUGAUAAACUCCCCUACGUGACCAUGGGCUCCGGGUCUUUGGCCGCCAUGGCUGUCUUCGAAUCGACGUGGAAGAGAGACUGCACGAAAGAAGAAGCGAUCAAGGUGUGCUCUGAAGCCAUUCUGGCGGGUAUUUUCAACGACCUGGGCUCAGGCAGCAACGUCGAUGUUUGUGUCAUCGAGAAGGACAAGCCGACACAACUACUCCGCAACUACUUUAAACCCAAUGAACGGGUCAAGAAGGAGCGCGACUACAAAUUCGCCCGUGGCACGACUGCGGUGCUGAACGAAAAAGUGAUCACCAAGGAAGAAAUUGGUCGAUAUGUUACCGUGCAUGAACUCAGCAGUGGGAGUGAUUCGGACAGUUUAGUCGUGGUGGAAAAGAUGGACGUGGACGAGGUGUAG